AUGGCUUCCUCUUCUUCUCGCCCAAAACGUUUCAAUUUAAAUGUUGCUCCCAAAACAACUCGUGACGCUAAAAGAAGGUCUCAUGAAGAGGCUAUUAAUGACUCAAUAGCUUUUAGCAUUCAGAGUGCUGCUUCUAUUUCUGACAUGGCUAAUUGUUUGCUUGCCAUAGCAAAUGAGAUUCAGGAGAUGAAUACUGAAAAUUCGUCUCUUCGGAGAAUGCUUCAUGAUUCUCAGCAAGAGGUUGAAAACUUUAAAAAUGAAAAUAAGGCUUUGUUGAAACUGAUUUCAAAUGGAAAGAUUAUGAAAGAUCAAGAUAGGCUCAUGGCUAAGCUCAAGAGGCGUCGUUCUCUUUCUCUAGAGACUUCUAGAUCAUAA